AUGACGGUGUCGCUUCAAAGCACGUUUGGGAGCGCGUUUGUAGGACUUGUAGUGUCCGCAGUACUCUAUGGUGUCACCAUUCUGCAAACGCAAAUAUCUAUAUUACCGGUAAAUCAACAUGUUCGGCGCCAAGCACUUGCUCAUACGCCGCAGCAAAUACCCCGAGGACUCCAAAAUAAUGAAAUGGAUGGUAUUUGCGCUCGUUUUGUCCGGUUUUCUGCCUCAGGUCCCGUCAGGUCGCAGUUCUGUGGUGAAAUUGCUCCCAUUCCAGCACAAAUCGUCCGAUAUUCACAGAAUCCAAGGUUACUAGAUACAGCACAUCUCGUGCUUUGCACCAUUGCGGUCUAUACUGUCCUGGUACUGAAUUUCAACAAUCCGGAAAUUCUUACCAAAGCAACUUGGAGUAUCAACGUAGGUUGGAUUACUCCUCGAUGGCAAAUGCAAACCUGCACCCAGGUCCAAACUGAUCUCAACGGCCUAAUCGGACUAAUCGUCGAGUGCUUCUAUGCUCGUCGCGUGUGGAUAGUAUCCCGUAACCUCUUUUUGACUGUCUUGAUUGCAAGCCUUGUCCUCUCUAUCGUCCAUUUUGGUCUCGGCAUAGUGUUCACAGUUGGAAGUUUUGAGACGGAUCGCAAUGACUUUUCAAGCUUAGUCUGGGUUACUAGUGCCGGACUCGGUUCAGCGGCGGCGGCAGACCUACUCAUCGGCAUCUCUCUUUGCUAUUACCUGUCUAAGAGUCGCACAGGGAUACCCAGGACAGAUAAUCUGAUUAGCACUCUCAUGAAGUACAGUCUUACGACAGGAUUCCUUACAGGAAUCAUUGCCUGCUGUGUCGUCAUCACUUUCGGAAUCAUGCCGAACAACUUUGUUUAUGUCGCCUUCUUCUGGCUUCUUGGAAAAUGCUACGUUAAUUCCGUGUUAGCAGCGCUGAACAGUCGCGAGGCGCUACGUGAAAGAGUUAAACCAAACACGUUCAUGAAUAUGUCCGCUCUUAUGCUUAACACUCCCACCUCGGCCAGAAGUACAGAUCGGUUCAGGCCAUCAUUGGUGGUGAAUGUAGACACUCGUGUUGUCUCCAAAACUGACUCUAGUCUGCCUCCGAGCGCUGUAUAA